UUUUGUAGCCACUAGCUGGAAUGGUGUAGGCUGUGUCGCUCAGCCUUGCCGGGCAAAAGAGAGAAGGCAGAAACACGUACGUGGGGCCUUCAGCAGUCACGAGCUCCCGUUUCCAUGCGGCCUCCAACACAGUUGAGGCCCGUCGACGUCUUUCAAGAAUCCUCAUCUCCAUAUGUUGCUAUGCCAGAUGCUGUGAUCCAAGGUCGCGAAACUCAUCGCUGGCAGUCUUAACCGGAAGGCUGACGGCUUUGUGUGAAUCGGGUCUUCCAACGUGCCGAUUCCCUCUCGUCUUUUCGACUGCAUUCUGCAGCACCGUUUCUGCCGCUCUUGAACUUGAGGAGUUCGGCUUCAGCGUCAAGAAUGGACGAACAUGACAUCGCUGGAUUUUUGUCUCUGCAGCCCCAGGGCAACGGAGAGCUCAUCGUGCAUGCUCUGGACGGACAGACCUUCACCUUCGCAGGCCUUGACCUAGACUUAAUCUUUAAGGUCUGUCCUCUUCUGGCUUUCAGCUUCGAGGAAAGAUCGAACGGUCGCAAAAUUCACGUCCUCACCGCUAGCUCGAUCGAAUUGGUCUCUCGCUUUCUGAGGUUCCUCUACACAGGGGAAUACCACGUGUUAGAUCACACAGGACAGGAAUUGCCAUGCUCGCUGCUGCUGCAUGCCCAGUUAUAUCACUAUGGCGAGUUGUACGACGUCCCAUUGCUCGUGAACACAGCGUACCUUCAUAUAUCUCAGGCGUGCGAGAUAGCAUGUUCAAUGCCGUCUCCACCGGCAGACCUUUGUAAUACACUAAAAUACCUCUACAAAAACGUGAAUAGUUGUUUCGAAGUCCACCACACGAUUUUGCAUUACUGCAUCACCUGCUUCAGCCACCACCAUCUUGGAGAUAGCCCGGACUUCAGAAAUCUUCUUUUGGAGCUCCCAGAAUGUGAGCAGGACUUGUGUAAGUUGAACAUGCAACGUGGAUUUGAAGACGAGACUUCAGCAGACAUCAUCCGAAUGCAGUUGCCUAGGACCGAGCAGCGGCAAUGCCGAAGUUACGACUACAUCUACGACAUCUUCGGCAGUUCAAAUGCAUCCACGCCCAUGCAGACCCCGCUGAUGACGCCUGAGAUGCGGUCCCCCCCUUUUGGAUUUACGCUCGUGCAUCAGCCGCGCCACCCCGGCAGCCUAUCUGCCACUGAAGAUAGCGAUGGUUAUUAUAGCGAUGGUUCGCUCUCGUCCGAUUUUGAAGGCUUUUCUUUGGUCGAUCGAUCACAGGAACCUCGUAGAUCUGGAUGUGGUCGUUUUAGAGGACACAGUACGCAUCCCCCGUUUCCAGCUGCUGAUGAAGGAAUGGACUCGAAUCAGAGAGGACUACAGUCGCGAUCGGAAAACGACACGUUUGAUGAAGAUGAUAGGGUAGCGUGUCGGUCAAGGACUCCUUCGGGCGACGACAAGCGGAUCAGGCUGUCGAGAGAUGCCAAUGGCUCCUCUCCAAUUCCAUCAUGCAUCACAGAAAACCAUGUGCUUAGACCUGCUGCCACACACUCCAUUCAAGUCCCCGAACUGGCCGAAUCUCUCGCCCCCCUCGACGGGAUACAGGGUGCUGAAAAGGCGUCGAAUGGCCCCAUUAGUGAUCCGUCAGAUGCAGAGUAUUCGGAAUCAGAAUGGUCCGUCCUCAGUGACCGGGCUUCGCCUCACAAGACGGCAGGUUCCCCAGAGCGUAGUCUCUCGUUUUGCGGCCGCUUCGGCAUCUCAGGCUCCACGGAGACGAUCGUCUCGGCUUCGGAUCUUGAGCCGUCAACAAGCAGCCAUGCAGAACUAGAUGGAGUAGUGAAGAGUUUAGACUCGGAACGGGCAGUCGUGUCGGAUGGAGAAUCAGAGUAGGUGUCUUUCUGACUCAACAAAUUUUUUUCCUGGCAAGAAAACAAAGGACUGUCACACGCCAAGAGAGCUUAGAGUGAGUUCAAAGUCGGUGGUCGGUCAGACUGCUGUCCGUGGGGAGGAAACCAUACGGCUCUUUACACAGAUGGCUUCAACUGGCUCGGAAGGAUAAGGUGUGAGUGAUUUAAUCGUGCGUGAUAUUUCUGGCGGUCGAGUAGUGCUUGGGAAUGACGAGCCUUUUUUUGGUGCGCCAUAUGCAAUUAUGCUCAUCGCGACGGUGUUAAAAGAAAGGGGCGGGAAACCGGUGGGAAGUUUAUAUUUCUUCCUCAUUUCGAUACAGUAGAUAAUAUCACAGCUCAGUACACACAAGUUAUGCAGCGAAUCUAGUCACAGUAGC